ACGGUGUCAGUAAAAAUGUUUGUUGCGCCCGCGUAAAGCUCUGCAUCUCUGAGGAGUGUUUCCAAUUUCAUCCCUAGAUUCGGAAGCAAGCUCGUUAUCAGCGCCUCCCAUUGGGUCAAUGCAAGUGUAUCCUGCUAUAGCCGAUCGCAUACUGGCGUUCAGGACGUUCGCAAGCACCGUGAUGGACCGCGAUUCCUCGAGUUUUCGAGUUACAAAAGGAAGUGUUUGUGCAGCCAAUAUAGAGGAGAACUUGGAAGCUCGACUGUGGCAACUAUCAUUAGUAUUUUCAGUCUGCAUUCGUUGGUGUACCGCUCUGGUAGAUAGCUUGAUAUACACUCGAAAAAGUAGUCCGGUGCACCGGACGCAACAGAGCGCUGACGGUCAACGUUCCGCCUUGGUUUCGCUCAGGCAACCAAUACAAUGUCACGAACCAGCACGCUUGUCACGACGACUUGCAAGCUUUUGUGGAUGAAAGCUUGUGAUUCUUGAUG